AUGGCUGGCGAGAACAAAAUAUCGAGUACACCCAAAGUGACUAAGCAACAACCCGAAUCACAAGAACCCAAGUCGAGGAAAGACAGCAAGGCCGAUCAGAACGUGCCUGAGAAGACAUCUUCGAAAGAGAAGUCUUCAAAACCCCGUCACAGAGCAUCUAUCGCCUGUGCCUCGUGCCGAGACCGUAGGAUUCGUUGUGUGGUACCUCCGGGAGAGAAAGAGUGCACACAGUGUAAACGAUCAGGUGUAGAGUGCGUGAUCAAGAAUGACGAUGAGCGGAGAAGGCCGAUCUCGAGAGCAUACAUGUGCUCUCUCACCGACCGCGUCGCUCUUCUUGAAGCCAUGCUGAAGGAGCGAGGCGAGGAAAUACCUCCAGCGAACCAUCCACCCAAAACACGACAUAAUGCUCCGAAUAUCGAGGAAGAAGCCACCUCGCCAAGUCGAAAGGUUACCGAGCACACGACUGCACACAACGAUAACUCUAGUCCUGUUAGCCAAGAAAGUCCUCCGGAAGACUACCCAGAUUUUGAGCAACAAGACUUCGGUCUCAGCCCCUAUAUCUCAAAUGGCGACGCAGACAGCGUGGGUUCACCGCCCAUGCUACCCCCACCAAAAAAGGACGGCAUGGUCAACCGACUUUUGUCUACACGCGGCCAUCUCUCAUUUGAUCAGCUCAACGGGCGUCUUCGAUACUUUGGCCCGACAACAAACUGCCACGUACAUUCCGAGUCUGUCAACCCUUUGAACAUCACCCAGGAAUUCAAUGAGCAAGCCCGCCGAGCCGACAGAAUUAUACGCUCUCUCCCACUCGAAACAUACGACUAUCUCAUGAAUCUGUUUUGGCAAUUCUACAACCCCGUCCUUCAUGUACUACACCAAGAUGCUUUCAAUGGGGAUCGCGAGACGGGUCGCACGCAGUUCUAUUCUGGCUUUUUGCACGUCUGUGUUUUGGCUAUGGGAUUUCGCUUUGCUAACAAGGAGAGACCGGAUAUCCAGAGAAUUAGUAUGCCUGGCAUGGAGAGUACCUUGCAUCGUGAGGCCAAGUAUAUGCUUGAUCAGGAGCUUGAGAGGCCUGGCGGAAUACCCAGUGUGAUUGCACUGCUACUACUGGGAGAUUUGGAGUGCGGUGUUGGCAGGGACAACAGUGGGUGGAUGUAUGCCGGCAUGGCUGUGAGACUUGCGUUCGACAUUGGUCUCCACCUCGACACACGUUCUCUAGGUCUCCCUCCCCGCGAGAUUGAGAUUCGACAGAUGACUCUCUGGGCCUGCGUGAUCUACGACAAGUACUGGGCACUCUUCCUCGGUCGUCCAACAUCCAUGAAGUCUGCGGAUCUAGAAAUCUAUCAUCUCACCAAGAAAUUCGAGCGUCUCGGUACUUGUCGCCCCGCUGGUCCCGAGAAGAGUACGGAAACCAUGAUCUACGAAGCUCUUCUCGACCUCAUGGAGCUCGCCGGUAAAAUAACAGAAAACAUGGAUCCUCAUCGUUCUCAAACCAUCAUGUCAGAUCCACAAACUGUGAUCGAUCGAAACCAGUACAUACGCAUGGCAGCGCUAGAUCGCGAGUUUAGCAGCUGGUACGCCAGACUACCCGAGCAGCUUCGAUGGACGCCAAACAACAUCGCAACAGCACCCGUUAGUUUCUUCCUGCUGCACCAGCAAUACCACUCAAGUCUGAUCUUACUGCAUCGCCCAUUCGCGCUCUACGAGGACCAGGCAGGCAACGAAAACGAACCCGACGACCAUUUCUCUACGCUGAGUAGAACGGUAUGCACGAAACAUGCAAUCAGAGUAGCAAGGAUAUACUGGCAGCAUCGCCAGCGAUUCGACACAAAGCAAAUCUUCAUCACUGGAAUGCAACAUGCCGGCACCGCCGCAACCGCUCUCGUCGCAGCCUUAGCCUUCAUCAAAGACCCCGUCUCCCGCGCAAACAACAUGCAAUACCUCGAAUGCCUCGCCGCUGCCCUCUCCGACAUGGCACAUACCUACCAGCCCGCCGAGCGCAUGUCCACCGUGCUACGUGCCGUAAUGGUCGAACUCCGCGGCGGCCCGGAUCCCCUGUCCGCAACUUCCUUCUCCAUCUACAAACCGCCCUCUAGCCUCAUCCCCGCCCGCAGAAGCAGUACUAUCGAUACCGACGCAGACAUGACCUCACGCACCACGCAGUCCUGGCAUAAAAAACGCCAAAUGAGCUUAGGCAGCACGCCGCGGCCCCGCGCCAACACAUCGGGAACAAGACAUAAACGCACAAUGAGUUCUAGCACCACAGUAACGAGUCCACCGCUUCACCCUUCCUUAUCCCUUCAAGCCGCUCAAGUACCACCACCUCCUCCUCGCUUCGACGACCACCACCACUCGGAUAAUUACAUCUUAAUCCCGCCAUCCUCCUCCGACCCACCCCCUUGGUGCCCCGAUCUCAAUCACACCCUCUCCACACCCUCCACCACCGCAUCUUCCUCAUCCCUAUCACAGUCUAGGCACAACACCGGCUGGAUCCGCUCAGAGUACGAAGCGCAAGAUGCCAUUUCAGCGCUCGCCAGCGCGCAUUUUCCCGAGCUGAGCGCGUUUGGUGACGAGCUGGGUAGUGCUGGCGGUGGUGCUGGUGGUGGGGGGGAAGGAAGGAUGAAUCUGGAUUUUAUGCCACUAGGGGAGGAGUGGGAGGGUGGUGUCAUGGGGGUGGGGAGUGAUUUGGAUGGGUUUCCGAUUCAGGGCAAGGCGUUUUGA